AUGGUCCGCCUCAACCUCCUUUCCCUCACCGGUCUGGGUCUCGCCACCCUCGCCGCCGCGCACCCAGGCGAAUCCCACAGCCAUCACCACAUGAAGCGCGAGAUUGCCGCCCGUGACAAUGCCGCUGCUGUUGGACGCCGCGCUCUAAACACCUGCUCGGAUGGCACCGGUGCCAAGGCGAUGAAGCGCCGUGCUGUUGAGCGCCGAGCGCAAAAGGUGCGGGAUCUGCGGAAGCGAAUGGGCAUCAAGACGCCGUCUAAGAAAUACCGCCGUGACUUGGCGGCGCUUGAGACUUGGGAGGAUGUCAACCACAACAUGACGGGUUCCGUCUCGUACGACAUGUUCACUCCCCUCGACGACAUCUUCGGCGCCAACUCCAGCUGCAUUCUGGCCCCCGAAGUCACGGAUGGCCCGUACUACAUCGUCGGCGAGAAGAUGCGCUCCAAUGUCAUUGAAUCGGAGUGGUGCGACGGAGUUCCCUUGUUCCUCGAGGUGCAGUACGUCGACGUCAGCAACUGCUCGCCCAUCCCUGCCGUGGCUAUCGACAUCUGGAACUGCAACGCCACUGGUAUUUACUCUGGAAUCAGCACCUCUGGCAACUACGCUGCCGAUGGGCUCAACAGCACGUACCUCCGAGGCAUCCAGUUGACGGACAAUGACGGCGUGGCCCAGUUCGAGACCAUCUUCCCCGGUCACUACGAGGGUCGUGCCACUCACACGCAUCUGCUCUCGCACAUGAACGCAACCGUCCAGUCUAACGGCACCAUCUCCGUGUGGGAUGCCCCGGUAUCUCACAUUGGCCAGCUCUUCUGGCCCGAGACUCUCCGAUCUGCCGUGGAGGAGCUGUCUCCCUACAACACCAACGAGCAGGCCAUCACCACCAACGAGGAAGACAUGUGGUCGAUUGUUCAAACUGACGACUCCUACGACCCCUUCCCUCAAUUUGUGUACCUUGGCGAUGACCUGCAGGACGGCCUGUUUGCCUGGAUCCAGAUUGGCAUUAACGGCUCCGUCGACUAUACCACUGACGACUACUACAACAUUGCCGGUUACCUUGAUGAGGACGGUGGCCAUGCUUCCUCCGGCUCCGUUGGUGGCGCUCCUAGUGGUGGUGAAGGCAACGGAACAUUCAGCGGGACUCCUCCUUCUGGUUCCGGAGCUCCUUAGAAAGGGAAACUUUGAAGUUUUAGAUUUUAGAUGUAACACCUCAAGGGAUUGCAAAUAGAUGAUACAGUUGUACAUACAGGGUGCUCGUUUCAGAGACCCUUACAGUUGGAAAUAUUGUUCUGCCGG